CAGCAGCGGAGAUAGCGGCGACCCCACCGCGCAUCCGGCCAGGCCUCCGGCGCCCCGCGCCCCCCGCGCCCCUGCGCCCCCGCGCCCCCGCGCCCGGUUCUUCGCACCGAGGCCCCUAGGCCCGCCAGGCCCCGCGCCGGCCCGCCCGCCUCCCAGGACCGGCCCGCGCCCCGCAGGCCGCCCGCCGCCCGCGUCGCCAUGGGAGUGGAGGGGUGUACCAAGUGCAUCAAGUACCUGCUCUUCGUCUUCAAUUUCGUCUUCUGGCUGGCUGGAGGCGUGAUCCUGGGUGUAGCCUUGUGGCUCCGCCAUGACCCGCAGACCACCAACCUCCUGUAUCUGGAGCUGGGAGACAAGCCUGCGCCCAACACCUUCUACGUAGGCAUCUACAUCCUCAUCGCUGUGGGCGCUGUGAUGAUGUUCGUCGGCUUCCUGGGCUGCUACGGGGCCAUCCAGGAAUCCCAGUGCUUGCUGGGGACGGUCCCUUCCCACAGCCUGCCCUCUUUCCUCCCUCUGGCCACUGCCUGGCUCCAGUUCUUCACCUGUCUGGUCAUCCUGUUUGCCUGUGAGGUGGCGGCUGGCAUCUGGGGCUUUGUCAACAAGGACCAGAUCGCCAAGGAUGUGAAGCAGUUCUAUGACCAGGCCCUACAGCAGGCCGUGGUGGAUGACGACGCCAACAACGCCAAGGCCGUGGUCAAGACCUUCCACGAGACGCUCGACUGCUGUGGCUCCAGCACGCUGGCCGCUCUGACCACCUCAGUGCUCAAGAACAAUCUGUGUCCCUCGGGCAGCAACAUCAUCAGCAACCUCCUCAAGAAGGACUGCCACCAGAAGAUCGAUGAGCUCUUCUCCGGGAAGCUGUACCUCAUCGGCAUUGCUGCCAUCGUGGUCGCCGUGAUCAUGAUCUUCGAGAUGAUCCUGAGCAUGGUGCUGUGCUGUGGCAUCCGGAACAGCUCCGUGUACUGAGGCCCCGCAGCUCUGGCCGCAGGGACCUCUGCAGUGCCCCCGAAGUGACCCGGACACUUCUGAGGGGGCCAUCACCGCCUGUGUAUAUAACGUUUCCGGUAUUACUCUGCUAUACGUAGCCUUUUUACUUUUGAGGUUUUGUUUUUGUUCUGAACUUUCCUGUUACCUUUUCAGGGCUGACGUCACAUGUAGGUGGCGUGUGUGAGUGGAGACGGGCCUGGGCCUUGGGGACUGGAGGGCAGGGGUCCUUCUGCCCCUGGGGUCCCAGGGAGUUCUGCCUGCUCAGCCAGGCCUCUCCUGGGAGCCACUCGCCCAGAGACUCAGCUUGGCCAACCUGGGGGGCUGUGUCCACCCAGCCCGCCCGUCCUGUGGGCUGCACAGCUCACCUUGUUCCCUCCUGCCCCGGUUCGAGAGCCGAGUCUAUGGGCACUCUCUGCCUUCAUGCACCUGUCCUUUCUAACAGUCACCUCCAACUGUAAUCACAACAUCCUGAAUCCGUCAUUUAAUAAAGAAGGAACGUCAGGCAUGCUA